UCAUUAAUGAAAGUUCCAGUUCCUGCUCCAUUUAGCUGCACUGUGUGUGUAAAUGUGUGUUGUUCUGGACGCUGUGCGCUGGCAGGUUGGAGACUGCAACGGUGAGCUGCCUAAAGUGAAAAGAAGCGGCCGACAGUGAAAGUGAAAGGAGAGCUUGGUAUCCGUGAACGGCACCCAGCCAGCAGUCAGUCUCCACAAACAGACAACAGAGGGAGAGAGGCCCCGGGUGUAGCUUCGAGACAGCAGCGGCUCUGCAGACACAGCCAUGGCGAACAUCGCGACCCAAAGGAUCCGGCGGGAGUUCAAAGAAGUUGUGAAAAGCGAAGAGACGAGUAAAAACCAGAUCAAAGUAGAAUUAGUGGGUGACAACUUCACAGAGCUGAGGGGUGAGAUAGCAGGUCCUCCAGAUACGCCAUAUGAAGGUGGCAGGUAUCAGCUUGAAAUAAAAAUUCCAGAAACCUAUCCUUUUAAUCCACCAAAGGUGCGCUUUAUCACCAAGAUCUGGCACCCUAACAUCAGUUCUGUGACCGGAGCAAUAUGUCUGGACAUUUUAAAAGAUCAGUGGGCAGCUGCCAUGACCCUGCGGACAGUGCUGUUGUCUCUACAGGCUCUCCUCGCUGCAGCAGAACCAGAUGAUCCACAAGAUGCAGUAGUAGCAAACCAGUUUAAGCAGAAUCCAGAAAUGUUCAAACAGACUGCAAGGCUGUGGUCUCACGUCUAUGCAGGUGCUCCUGUAUCCAGUCCUGACUACACACGCAAAAUAGACAAACUCUGUGCCAUGGGCUUUGAUAAGAAUGCAGUAAUAGCCGCCUUGUCUUCAAAAUCUUGGGAUGUGGAAACAGCAACAGAGCUGCUGCUUAGCAACUGAAACCCAGCCAGGUGUGAGGAACCCAAAACUCCCUGCAUUAAAACAUCAGCUCCUCCCAGCACCAUUCCACCAUUGCUUUCUGUUACAGACUACACCCUAUCCACCAUAGCGGUCUGAGCCACCUUUUUAUAACAAAUUUGCUUGCUACAACUUGACUCACGUAGCACCACAAUCGCCAAUAUGCACACCACCCUGUUGCCUGUUAUGAACUCAGCUAACUGUCAUCUGUCUGUUUCUGCCACUAACUCAAACUAUGAUCCAUAUCCGUUGUAUUAAGGCCCAAAAAACCUUGCAUCUCAUCUUCCAUGCCAUUUAAUGAUGUUCCUCUAAAACUUCUCUGUCUUCGAAAUGUAUGUUCUUUAAUGUUCCAGUAACUGCCAUUGCCUGGUGGAACUGCCAGGGUAAAAUGUAAAGGAAAUCCUGUAUACUGCUCUCACAGGUCAUUAUAGUUCACUCCUUCAUCAAGCAGAUGGCCCCUGUAAAGGCUGUCAUUUUUUUCUGGACAUCAAAUACUGUAAAGGUCUAGCUUGAUAAAAAUAAGUUGACUAACUAGUGUUCUGCAUGAGCAGUGUCAUGGAUUUAUCUUAGUUUAUCACCAAAAUCCCAAUCAUCUGCAGAGGUUGUGGAUGUGCAAGGUUUCUCUCUGUUUGUAGAACUAGUAAAGAUCAGAGGCGUCCUACACCGUCUGCUCACAAAGAAAAAAACUUAUCUGUAAAUAGUGGAUUGUAAAUUUGAAAAUAUGAUGGGAAUAUACUUUUUUUCUUACAUGGCAUUGUAAAACAAACUAUUUUAAAUAUAAAUUAUGCCUAGUUUACAAUUCUAUGGAAGAGAUACCUUUUUAUGCCUUUGUGAUCCAUGAAGAAACCCUCUGAAUGUCCUCUUGUGUUUCUUAAGUUGUUGUUUAGGGGGUGCACAGCCAAUACCCUGGCCCUAAUGGCAAAGGAGGUGACAGCCAGCUCAGGUCCAUCGGCCGAUACAUACCUUUUCUGGUAUAUCACAAUCCAACCUUUUUUUUUUUUUCCCUUGUCUUUUAUUGUCCUUGCAUGUUCUAUGCUGCCUUUUUUUUCUUUGGCCAAAAAUUUUGUGGUGAUGGGGUGUUCAGUUUAACAUCCCCUCUGUCUCGCAAAGACUCACAGAACUCUUCUGAUUUGCGGAAGGAGCCACCUGGAAAAUCUGCCAAUAAGCACACCCAAGUUUGGCGUGACAUACUGUAUGUAGGGAACCAAAGCCUUCUGUGUUAUUUGUUGCUGGAAAAAGUCUCUUCUGCUCUAAACAGAUUGAUAUGAGACACACCUCAAGAAUAAAAGAGUGACUCUGAAUGUCAUUGAGGAUUUGAGUUGGAAUGCUGUGGUUUGGAUUUUACUAAUUUCAGAGUCUCAACCAUAGGCAUGUUAUAUUAUUUUAAGAAUCUACUCCAUGUCUCCUGGUCUGAAUGUGUGUCAUUGGGACAGGGGGCUUUACACUUAUCAAUUUAAGCAGUAGUCAAUCAGAACUUUGGCCAUAUUUGCAGGUAUAUACCCUGUGUGUACUGAAACAUGCUUUAUUACAUAGCCAAAUAAAUUGCUCAUUGAGGUUGUUGUCUUUGAAUAAUAUCUUAUGAGUAGUUAAGAGAGGCUGGUACUCCUGUUGUUCUAUUUAGCAGAUCACAGACCUGCAGGGUUUUAAACAAUUUUGAUUUGAGGUACAUGGACUUUUAAGAAAUGCUUAUCAUGUAAAGUGGGAUGUUGACGCAUCCUCACAGUUCUUUUCCUUCAGCCUGCCCGACCUCAGUUAUUACCAACAUCGUGACAUGUAACAGUACUACAUGAAGUUUUUGUGCAGGGCCUGGACAACGGCUGACAGCGAACAGUUUCCAGUCAAAGCCAAAAAAUUCAUUGUGAGGAGGUGACACGUACUAUCUCCUUUACUUGUAAAUAAUCUGGUUCUUGAUGAAGAGCCCUCUCAUUAUCACUAGAGUGCACCAUUAAUGGCUGGAUCUAUAUUUUCUAAGAAAAAAAAGGACAACAAAGGAAAGAGGCCUCUCCUUCCCGUCUUCCUGAUGUUCUUACAAUGUACAAUAUUGCACGUUGAUGAAGCAUAAAAAGGGGGCUGUUGCAUCUCAGUUUCUCCAUUUGGAUCGAGACUUGUUUUCCUCUUUUGGUUUCUUCGGAAGCAAGCAUCAGCAGUAUAAAAGCAUGGUUAUUUAUUGUGACAGUGUCAUGUUUCUUUGAUUAAAAAAAUGGAAAAUUAA